GUGUACCUCCACCUCCUCUACCUGCGCGACCACUUGAUGAACUACCUCGACCAGAUGGAGUACCGGUUCCUCCUGUGCCUCCUCGGCUACACGAACAGACUACGGCAGGCAACCCUACGGAGCACCAAGGAAAAGGACUGGCUUACCCAGGUGGAGGCGAUUAUGGCUGAUAUGUCGGACAGCAGCAGGACGUGGUUUUCACUAGUGAUGAAGGAGGUGGAUACAGCCUACACGGCGUACCUGAAGGCUCCACCAAUGGAUCGACUUACUUUGCGGCCCACAGAGCCGGAAAACUUGGUGUCAGGUGAAGUCAGAGUUGGUGGCGACGAGAAGGACGUCGGUGAUCAGUAUGUUGUUUCGCCUGGCGGUGUUGUAUCAGCCGGCUGGCGAGCAGGUGGCUACUGCAACGACGGCGUCUACGGCACCAUCGACUUCUUCUACUACGUCGGGGUUACAGCCGCCCGCCGUACCUCCCGAGAUCAAGCGCGGGACAAGGACGAGAUCAACCAGGCCAACCCUGUGAUGGUGACGUUGGCUGGUGACGAAGGAAAGCUGUUGCACCAG